CAGAGGGCGGGGGCGGGGCCCGGAGCUCAGGCUUCGACCUCCCGGGCCCAGCCCAUCGGCCCCGCAGCCCCGCAGGCCGUGCGCUCAGUGUUGUUGAUGAAUGAGGAGUGAAUGAGAUGAGCGUGGCUUAAGUUCAUUUAUGCCCUCAUCAGACGUGUCGUGAGCUCCUUCGGGAAUACCUGACUGGCUUCCAUAAGAGGAAGGUAGAGCGGAAAAAGGCAGCCAUUGAGGAGAUCAAGCAUCGGCUCAAGGAGGAGCAGAAGAAGCUCCGGGAGGAGCGCCAUCAGGAAUACUUGAAGAUGCUGGCAGAGAGAGAGGAGGCUCUGGAGGAGGCAGAUGAACUGGACAGGCUGGUGACAGCCAAGACAGAGUCGGUGCAGUAUGAUCACCCCAACCACACAGUCACCGUGACCACCAUCAGCAACCUGGACUUCUCGGGGGCCCGGCUGCUGGGACUGUCUCCGCCUGAGGAUCUCCGCUCUCACGGCAUCACUGCACGCGCACAGUCGCAAAAAGACCAAGAGGAAACGUCCCCGACGGGCCCAAGACUCCACCAAGAAGCCCCCGAGUGCCACUCGUACGAGCAAGACCCAGCGCCGCCGGCUGACGGGCAAAGCCCGGCACAGCGGAGAGUGAGCCCUGAGAACCAGGCCAUGCCCAGCCUGGGCUCUAAGGGCCUGUGCUGUCUCCACUUGGCUGGCCCAGUAACCCAGCCCCGAGGUGGGGACUCUGCGGCCCACGGCGGGGAGGCCAGCAGCUCUGGCCCAGAGCUUGGACCCUGGCAGGGGCAGGCCGCUGAGAGGUGGCUCCCCCCAGGAGGAGCCUUCAGAGCCGAACCUGGGGCAUCUUCCCAAAUGUCUCCCCCGCUGAGCCUUCAUCAGAUUUCUGAAACUGAGUGCACUUGUGGUCUUUUUGUCCCUGACCCUGAUGCCGCUUGCCAAGGGCAGGCUUCUGAGGUGGUGGAAACCAUCAGGCGGGUGGGUCCGUCUUCCCCGUCCAGCAGUUUUCCCUGUGGGGAUGAGACAGGUAGUGUUAGGUCUGGGCCCCCUAACCCGGGUUGCAGACCAGCAUAACAUUGGAAGAAUCCAGAGUCAUCCAGCUGCUCUGAAAAGCAGGCUGCUGGGCCAGGGGGGUGAGUGGUGCUGGACUCCGCCCUUUACUGGCUGAGACUUUGGGUCUGUCCCUUCUUGGUCUCCACUGAAGUGGUGGAAGUGGAUGAGUUUCAGAGCAAUCCCCACCCAGCUCAGGCCCAGUGAGAGAUGGACAGGGUGACGGGAGAGUGCAGUGCCAGGAGCAGCUGCAAGUGCCACCGGGCCCCGGGGUGUGGGAGGCGCUGGCAGGAGGGGGAGCUGACCCCCCAAGCAGGGCUUCCUUCUGCUCAGCCCAUGGAGGGCUGCCAUUGGGCAGGCUCAGGAACAGGGGCUCUGUUAGGCCGUGUUUGGGGGUGACUGGCACGCUCCCAUGUCACUCUCCGGACCCGCCAUCUGGUGCCUCUCUGAGGGCCACACCUGGACUGGGAACGCGAAGCUUGGGGCUUAUGGGUGGGAAGCGCUGUGACCCGGUUCUUCAGCUCCUUCACCUGCUCUUCCUGCUGCCUCCCUGUUCUGGGGGUGGGGUGACUCGCUCUGCUGGGCUGCCUCCAUCCCGGGCAGAGGGUGGGGCCUGCUAGCAAGUUCUGCAGGUGGUUCUAGUGCUCAGCCCAGGGCCGUGAGUGUGAGCCUUGCCCUCACGGGCCCCCCGGGAGCAGAACACAUCGUGCGUUAGCGUACACGGCAGGGCCUGGGUUUGAAUCCUAACUCUGCUACUUGGCCUCCGUGUGAGCGCUUUGCUGUGCUGACCUCAUGGGUAAGAUGUCAAGACACCCACCUCCUCGGGCUGCCCUGAGGCUGACGUGAGCCGCAGGUGCACCUGCAGGCUGGGCUCCCGGCUGCUGCUGUCCCCUGUGACCGCUGACCCACGUCUCUUCUCCUGUCCCCGGUGCCGUGGGGGGUCAUUUACCAUUUAGACCUACAUGUGAUCUUUACAAGUAUUCUCAUCCUCUCUCUUCCAUGUGCGCCAUCAGUUCUUACAGCAAACCAAGGAGAUUGAGUCAGCGAUUUUGCCCAUCUUGGGAUCAGAAGUGAUGGAAUCAGAACCCUCUGGAGAACUUGCCUUUUCUCCCCAGAACCCCUCUCUCCAUGCUCCACACCUGGAUUCUUUCCUUGCCGCUCUCCAUCUGGUGGGCCUCCUGGGUUUGGGGCUUAAAGGAUUAGGUUAAGCUGCAUAUAAUAGAAAACAAAAUUUAAAAACAACUGGCUUGGGGCGCCUGGGUGGCUCAGUUGGUUAAGCGACUGCCUUCAGCUCAGGUCAUGAUCCUGGAGUCCCGGGAUCGAGUCCUGCAUCGGGCUCCCUGCUCAGCGGGGAGUCUGCUUCUCCCUCUCCUGCUCUCUGUCUCUCAUUCUCUCUCUCUCAAAUAAAUAAAUAAAAUCUUAAAAAUAAAUAAAUAAAUAAAUAAAAACAAACAACUGGCUUGUAUAAGAGGCAGUUAACAGGGAGAUAACUAGCCUGGAGCCGGGGUAGGGUAGGGCUGGGGGGCUGGGAUGGCAGGCUUUUAGCUUUUUGCUUUGUGCCAUUUUCUUUUUUUAAGAUUUUAUUUAUUGGGGUGCCUGGGUGGCUCAGUCGUUAAGCGUCUGCCUUCGGCUCAGGUCAUGGUCCCAGGGUCCUGGGAUCGAGCCCCGCAUCGAGCUCCCUGCUCAGCAGGAAGCCUGCUUCUCCCUCUCCCACUCCCCCUCUCCCACUCCCCCUGCUUGUGUUCCCUCUCUCGCUGUCUCUCUCUCUGUCAAAUAAAUAAAUAAAAAGCUUAAAAAAAAAACGAUUUUAUUUAUUUGACACAGAGAG